AUAAUAUUGCAAUAUGUACUUUAAUUACAAAUUGUAACUGUCAAUGUUAAUUAAUUAUAAUUGCUACAAAACAUUAAUAUUUAAUUAAAAGUCAAUAAAAUUAACACUCAAAGUCGUAUCGGAUAAAAAUCAUCUAAAUAAUGUGAAAAUUGCAAUAACCAGUAACUGUGUAACCAUGAAUUCUCGCAUACCAAAUAUUUUACGGAUACAUAUGAGAAUUUUCAGAAUUGUUGGUUUUUGUGGACUCUCAAUGAAUGAUGAUUUUAAGCGUAAAAUAAAUGUAGAACGUUGGCUAACAUUGUGGUCUUUUAUGCUGUUGAUUAUUUUCAAUAUAGUGACUCUUGUAACGUUUCUCGGUGAUGAUGAUUAUCUUUUUACCAAUGAUCUAUUUGGCUAUUUUAAUGAUAUUCUAAAAGUGGUAUUCGCCGAUAUAGCUGUAACAAUAGCAUAUUUGGAAGCGAUCUUUAAACGUGAACAUUAUCAUAAAUUUUGGUUAAUUUAUGAUCGUUUACAAACAGAGUUAGAAAGUAAGGGGAAAUCUUUAUAUCUUAAAGACUUGUGGAAAAAUCGACGCUUUUUGGUUAUUUUCUAUACGAUAAUUAUUAUGGAAACUGUGGCUAUAAUUUGGUUUGUCAACUUCCAAACAACGACACGUCAUGUGUUAUUGUUUUGUAUAAUUUUCACACCCUUUACCUAUGCUGUACAUUUACGUAAUAUGCAAUUUAUAUUCUAUAUCGAAAUAAUACGUUUGGAAUUGGUGAAAUUGCAGGAGGAUUUAAAUUUAUUGGUCGAUUAUUCUCGUUUUAUGGCCUACGGUUGUACCUUUAGGGGAUUCGAAGAGUUUUUGCGUAAAAAAUUACUAGACAAGCAAAAAACAUAUCAAAUGAUUUUUGAAAUGUUUGAACAUUUUCAAAAUGGUUUUGGUUUUUCCAUAAUUGCAGUGAUAUUAAUGAUAUAUGUUCAUGUUUUAGUGGAUGCAUAUUUUGCUUACUAUGCAAUCUAUAGUCAUUUUGAUACAACUGAAAUAAUUUUGUUUAUACCGGCCUGUUUUCAAAUUCUUUUUUUAAUAACUUCAAAAAAUUGUAUGGAUGUGGUUAAACUUAUCACUUUUAAUUUACACAGUAUUGUAAGUCAGUUUGAAAAUCAUAGUAGUAUUGUUAGUACUCAGUUGCAAAAUUUCUCUUUGCAAAUUCUUCAUCAACGCAUCUGUAUCAAUGGUAUUGGUAUUACUCGCAUGGAUGGCUAUAUGUUGACCAGGGCCAUUGGCUCGAUAACCACUUAUAUGAUUUUCUUUAUACAAUUUAUGCCCAAAUUUACCAACUUUCAAGAUGACAAGAAAAAUUAAAACUAAAAUUUUUAUAUGUAUAUGUAUGUGUAUGUGUGUUUUUUCUUCAUUCUUUUAUUAAUUAUUAAUUAAGCUCAUCUA